AGCUCAUAGUACUGUGUGUUUUUCUUGCGUCGUGGUCGUUUUGUGAGUCGUUGUUUUAUAUCGAAAAGCAACAGGUUGGACUUUUCACUUCAGGAUAUUGUUUGAUGAAACUGCUGAGGACGCGCGUCUGCGUUUGUGGACUAAACAACAGGUGACUUUAUGUGAAAGAAGCGGCUCUACAUCUCCUUCAGGAUGAGACUGUGGACCUUACUUGUCUUUAUUCCGGUGUGCGCAGCCUCUCCUGUUCCAGCCGGUGAGUUGAAAGUAGAGUUAGAUGAAGAGAAAACACUCACAAUCAAAAUCAAAAGUUAAAGCUCCAGUGAGGAGUUUUGUAUACUGGUUAAAAGAUAAAGAGAAAUGAACACUGAUGCCUCUGAAUCACAUACAAAAGCAAACCAGACUACCCAGACAAAAAACAUGAUGUCUAAACUAGGGCUGGGCGAUAUGGGAAAAAGUUUAUCACAAUAUAUUUUUUUCACAUCAUACGAUAUCGAUAUAUAUCACAAUGUAAAAAAUAAAAUUUAACAGUGCUUAUUGGUAGCAUGUCUUUUGCAAUACAACAAGCUACUGCAUCUGUGAGCGCUUUGUGUCUCUUUAAUGUUUUGUCAUAAGGCGUUGCGCUAGAGAAAGCGGACUAAAUGUUUGGCUGUUUCGGCUGCACAGGCGCCAUGCGCUCCUUGUUCUGGCACUACUUCAGUUAAGGUGGUAAAAAACAUUUGAGGUAUUCUCCGACUUUACUAGACAUAUUUUGCAGUAAACAUUACUCGCUUCAUGUCCGACCUCAAAAAAACGAAAUACCUCCACACCACUGAUGUUUUCGUGCCAGUGUUGUCGACGAUGUCAUCAUUUGUUGAGUCUUCAUCUGCAUUUCUGUGUUAAAGUGCUAUGGUUGCGUGUAGCUGCAGCCUGCUACUAUGCAGUUGUUUGCUACUUGGUUCUAAUUGAGCACAUAAUUUGUUCAAUGUGAAGCGGACCCUGAGCAACUCCCCUUUUCAUUGGCUAUUCAUAUAGUCUACCAAAACAUGGCAGAAUGCCGAAAAGAAUAUUGACCAUGUUUUAUAUUGAUAUUGAGGGAAAUUAAUUUUGAUAUAUACCUUUAUCGUUUUAUUGCCCAGCCCUAGUCUAAAUUUUAAUUUAAAAAAUACAUAUUUUUUACUUCUACCACCAGAUAGAGAUCAGAUGACGCGCUGAAGAGCACUCUGCGGUUCCAGCAUUUUUAAAAUUCUUUCCAAGCCACAGGUCCACAGGGACUGUUUGACUGAUAAAAUACAGCAGGAUGAAACUUUUCUACAAAAAAAAGUCUUAGUAUGGUCAAGAAGACAAUCUAAGAGAUAAGAGGUGCCCAAGCUGAAACAUCCUCACAGGAGCUUUAAAAAGCCGGGACAUUUUCUAGAUCGGUGCACACUUAAAGGAAAUUAAGAUUUAAGACUGCUACUAAUAAGUAUACACUUUUCUCACCAGAAGUGUCUAAACCCAAAAGUCCAGCUGCAGAGAGCCGCUGCCCCAGACAAGCUUGUAAUCCCCGCAUGGGCAACCUGGCCCAGGGAAGAGUCCUCAGCACCCUGUCAGUGUGUGGAUCCAACUCCUCUGAACCCUUCUGCUUCUUCAAAGACACUUCUGCCCCCCGCAGCAGGGGGUCCUGUCAGGCAGCAAAAUGCAGCCAGUGUAACUCUGCUGUCCCCAGGCAGGCGCACCCUCCCUCUACCAUGAGUGACUCUCCUUUCCGAAACCCGGACACUUGGUGGCAGUCUGCUGACGGAGUGAAGGAGGAGAUGCUCCAGCUUGACCUGGAGACAGAGUUCCUUUUCACCCACCUCAUCAUGGUGUUCCGCUCCCCACGUGCCGCUGCUAUGGUGCUGGAGCGAUCCAAGGACUAUGGGCGUACCUGGAAGACCCUCAGGUACUUUGCCAAAGACUGUAAGGAGACAUUUGGCCUGGCUGAGGGAUUGCCGGGCUUGGAGAGUGGAGCUACCUGCACCUCAAAGUAUUCAGGAGCUUUUCCUUGUAGCAGAGGAGAGGUGAGUGCAGGGGCGGAACUAGAAAAUGUUUACAUUGGGUGGCAAAGGGACAGGAAGUGAGAUUGACAGGGUGGCCCAAAAACAAGAUCACUACUAGAGCUGCAGGUAAAAAAAACACAAUAACAACAACAACAGCCUUUAUUAAAUUGACUCUUUCAGACUCAGAUGGCAAAAAUAUAAAAAUAAUACUCAUCAUCUAGCCCUUACUGUCAAUGAAAACCUUUUUUAUAAACACACUGAUAUAAAAAUCUGUCAUCUUUUUGGUACAAGUUGAAUGCCAUCAUUCAGAGAAGGUUUUAAUGGAGAUAGAAAUAUUCAUAGUAUUUGAUUAUCAUGUUAUAUCUGACAUCAGAGAGUGACCACAUCCAAACAAGCCACCGCUCACUAUCCGCUCCACUUGUGUUGUCACAGUAUUGGCAUCAGAGCGCAUUAUAAGCUGAUAUCACACAACCCGCUGAACAAACAGUUGACCAGGCUUUGUAAACUGAUCUCCUCUGAUCGGCUGCGGGAGACCUUUUUUGUCGGGCCAGCCUUUUGAGCCACAAACUGCUUUGACAUGCACAGCCAGAAUAUCAAUGUUCACUCCUACCUCUGAUGUCUGCUCAAAGCGUUUUUCUGACCUGCUGCAUCAUCACAGGGCAGCCUGGGCCAGAUAAUCAGCCAUGGUUAAUUCAUGAGCAGACCCUUUUAUUCACAAAGAUAUAACUGUCCAUAAACUGUGUAAAAGAGGACAGUCAUUGGCCCCAAUAGGCUUAGACCAUAUUGGGAGGUUCAGGCUGAAUAUAUGGCUUCUACUGAUCUCAUAAUUGCAGUUUAUCUGCAACAAGAAUGUGUCUGUUACAGUGUGUCAACUACCUGUGUAAGCCCCUAACCCUUUAUAUAAUUAGUGUCUCUGUUGCUCAACGUUUAAGGCAACUGAAUAUUGAAAGAUGAGAUCCUGCAACAGAACGGCAUUUCAGACAUUAUAAGUUGUGUGCAGAUAAGACCUGAAGUGUAGGAUAUAAACAUGUAUUAUUACUAUAAAUGAGUCUGUUUCUGUUCAAUUGAAGGAUUAACUUGUUUUUGUGGCGUGCACUGGUUUUACAGUAAAUGUUGUUAACAGCACUUCAUUAGUCAUAUUAAUGCCAUUUGAUACUGAACCUCAAAACAUGCCUCUUAUGAAACCUUUAAGUUUGUGUACAAUGCAAUAAAAUGUGCACAAAGUGUUAAAUAUGUAUCAUAGAUGAUAUAAAUAAACCACAUUAAGGCUACAUUUAGGCUGAUGGAGGGAAGGUAAAAACACUGAAUAGUCACAGUCAUGUCGUUUUUUUGAACUUAAGUAGUUCAAGUAGUAGACUACUUAAGUAGUCUUUGUUGGAAGGAUUGUACUUUGCUAAAUUUUAAAUAGCAGUAGUCAGUUGGUCAUUGGAAACAAAUAGCCAGUAUUGGAUCUUGUUUAUUUUGUUUAAAUAAAUGUAGAGAGAAAAAUUUGCGUACUGCAAUGGCAGCCACUUUUACUCAUUAUAGUUAACCUUUGGCAUAAAUGAACUAUCCUCUCUGCACAGUCAGCCACAGUUAAAGUAUCCAGGGCUUUACAAAGUGCAAUACUGACAAAAGAAUCCGCAGAAAAGUUUAGACAGAGUCUAAAAGACAUUGAAACGCCAAUGCUGUUGGUCAGAUUACAACAACUAGUUUGGGAGGAUAUGCUUUUAUUUUAUUCUAUUUGGUGACUUCAUCUCUCAGUACUCUGAGUUCCCUUUAGUACAAAAUGUUGUUUUUUUUCCACCCCUGGAAACCAGGACUGAAAAAAUGAUGGUUCAGAUUAUGAUGUUCAAUUAGCCGUCUUCAUUCUCUCUAUUCUAGAUUUUGUUUUGCCAUAAAUCUCUAUUUCCUCGCUUUCAACUGUGCUUCCAAGAUUUCUAAAAGCAUUUUCAUAAACAGAUCAACUGAGUGUUUCUGGAAAAUAAAGCUAACUUAUUGUAGGGACCAUGUUUACAUUGGCUCUCAUUUGAUUUUCUCAGAACAGCAGCUAUUUGAGGAGCAUGAAAGGCAAACCAGAUUGAUGCCUGCUCCUUAUUUGGUAAACUGACAUAAUUUAUGCUCCUUUCAUGGUCUGUCAGUGUCACUAAUAUCCAUUUUAUCACUUGUCCCAACGGCUCUUAAAGGUCAACAGCAUUUUAAGCAGAUUAUUUUGUGUGUCUACUCUGCUUAAAUCUGCAGGUGAUCUAUCGAGCGUUGUCACCGUGGCACUCAGUGGAUCCAUACGGACCGGCAGCCCAGGACCAGCUCAUGAUCACCAACCUGAGAGUGCGUCUGCUGCAGCACCAGCCGUGUCCCUGCCAGGCCAAACACCCUGCUGCUGCCACCCUCCCCACACAACAUUAUGCUAUCUAUGAUUUUAUUGUAAAAGGUAGCUGCCUUUGUAAUGGACACGCUGAGCACUGUGUACCAGCCAGCGGCUACAAACCCAGCCGACAGAAGACCAAUAACAUGGUGAGUGAGUCUGAGCUGUUGUAAAUACACACAACUUUCAGGAGUACAAUAAUCCACAUCUAAUCUUGCUCAGUUUUUCUGUUUUGAAAAUGUUCUUGUGUUUUAAAGUACCCUCAUUAUGUCUCCUGUUUUUGUUUAACGCGGUUGUUUUGGAGACGAUGGUUUGGGGUUUUGUUCCCACCACUCCCUCAUUACUCAGCUGUGUGAGGGAAUGCGCUGCCGAAGCUGGAGUUUACAGUGAAGACUGAAUAUUAGGCAACAGCUUUACCUACCAUUACAGGGAUUUAACUAUGUGGAAACCUUCAUUAUGCUAUUCAGCGUAAUGCUUCAACAAUCCUCAGUCUCUGUCAUGUUAUUGUCUUACUGUAAAUGGAGAAUGGAGCCAAUUGUUGAAAUCCAAAGGUCACUGAGGGGGCGCAGAUAUGAUACACAGGCAGUGCAGAAUCACUGUGACUGUGCAUGUAGAUGGGAGUGUGUUGACUAUUAAGUAGUAUUAUAGACAUACUGGUGUGUGUGUGUGUGCGUACUUGGAGGCUGAAAACCAAAAACUUACUAAAUGCGUACUAUUUUACUAUUUUGUGUUGUAUAUAGUGUAUAUACUUGUAUAUUAUCUCUUUAUUUUUACUUAUUUUAUCUCUUUAUUUUUACUUAUUUUAUCUAUUUAUCUCUUUAUUUUUACUUAUUUUAUCUAUUAUUUAUCUCUUUAUUUUUACUUAUUUUAAUUAUUUUAUCUAUUAUUUAUCUCUUUAUUUUUACUUAUUUUAUCUAUUAUUUAUCUCUUUAUUUUUACUUAUUUUAUCUAUUUAUCUCUUUAUUUUUACUUAUUUUAUCUAUUAUUUAUCUCUUUGUUUUUACUUAUUUUAUCUAUUAUUUAUCUCUUUGUUUUUACUUAUUUUAUCUAUUAUUUAUCUCUUUAUUUUUACUUAUUUUAUCUAUUUAUCUCUUUAUUUUUACUUAUUUUGACCUAUUUUAUCUAUUAUUUAUCUCCUCUUUAUACCUUAUUUGCACUGAAGUUACUGUAACAAAAAGCAAUUUCCCCAAAGUAUUUCUGAUUCUGAUUCUGAUUCAUUAAAACUUAAAGCUAAAACUUUUUAAAAGCAGAAAAUAUGUCAAUCCCAGCUGAGUUUAUGCAAAAAUAAGUGAUAAAUACAGAAACAGCAAAGUUCUGAAAAAUUCUCCUCUUUCCGUGUUUGUCUGGCAGGUCCACGGUAAGUGUGUUUGCAGACAUAACACAGCCGGUGACCACUGCGAGCGCUGCGCACCUCUCUACAAUGACCGACCCUGGCGGGCUGCCAACGGCAUCACAGGGACGCCGCACGAGUGCCAGAGUGAGUGAUGGGGCAGAGAGUCAAAUGCAGAGUAGGACACACAGCGUGUAGACUUAUCUUCAAAAUGACUUUAGCCUCAUAAAUCUCACGUAACCUUUAGACGCUCACGCUUGAUGAAUCACAGAGCUGCUCCUCGUUUUUUAUGUCAGCUGCUGCAUGAGUUAACGCUGCGCUCUUUUAGGGCCUCUUAUAUGUGAGAAAUUUAAAGAUCGUCAAGGCCAAGAAUGAACCCCUCAGUCUCUUUGUUUGUACUCUACAUCCUAGAGUGCAAGUGUAACAGCCACGCCAAGAGCUGCCACUUCAGUCGUGGAUUGUGGCUCGCUUCUGGGCGGCGGAGUGGAGGCGUGUGUGAGGACUGCCGCCACAACACAGAGGGCCGCCACUGCCAGAACUGUAAGAAAGGUUUCUUCAGAGACCCGAGCCGACCAAAAACUGCCCCUGACUCCUGCAAACGUAAGGCCUCUAAACCCAUUUCCUGAGUUGUGUGUUUCCCUUAACCUCUUAACUCUGUGUGGAUGGAUGCCAGCAGGGAAUUCCAAUCAGGGAGGGAAACCUUUGAUACAGAAAUAGGGAUCAGGUCUUUACCCUUAAAAGUGAUCUCUUGGAUAAAGGCAUUUUUCCCAAGAACUUCUCUUACAGUCUCUGCCCUACUUAUGAUGAGACGCUUAUGUGACUGCAGCUCGCUCCUCAAGGGGAAUGAUGGAAACUGUACUGUUUAGGAAUGUGACUGUAAUUGCAAACAAUGGAGGAAUUUCUCAUGGACCACGCGAGCGCAUUUUUCCCAUUCUUGCCCUCUCCCCCCGCCAGGCAUGCUGCAGCAUUUCUAAGACUAAACAUGCCGUUUUUGGAAACAGAUGAAGCAAAGUCUGUAACACAAAAAUCCAUCUGUCAUCAGAGCAGAGCAUCAGGCUGCAGGUCUGACAGCGCAGAGAGAGAGAGAGUGAUUUACUGUUUGUUUUUGCUGCAGCUGCUCAGAGCAUGUCGAGCACACACUCCCAGCUUGUCGCUCGUUACAGGAGGAUGAUAAAACACGUUUUCCUUUCAUAUUGCCAGGGGAGUUCACUGUGGAAGAUCUGAAUAUGUUUCCCUGUGUUUGUCCUCGGUGUACAUGUGCGCUCAUAACGUAUGCGGUGUGCUUUACCUGAAAAGGUUACACGUCUUUUGACUUACAUACAGAAAUGCUAACUUUGCCCUGCUCUGCUCUUGUUCUGUCUCCUCUGCAGCCUGUUCCUGCCACCCUGUAGGCUCAGUCCUCUCAGGUGGUCGCCCUAUCUGUAACCCCAGCAGCGGGGAGUGCACUUGUAAGCCUGGUGUCGGAGGCCCCCGCUGUGACAGCUGCAUGCUGGGAUACUGGGGGCUUCAUGAAUAUGGCUGCCGUCCAUGUGACUGCACUGGAGAGUGUGACCCUUACACUGGCGACUGCUUUUCUGAGUAAGAGCCAGGAUUUUACACCAUAUCCAUAUGUAUGUGUACUUAAAGUGAUGCAUGGUGUGGUGGCAGAGUGCAUUUUGGGUGAUUAACUCUGAGCCCUCUGACUGAUUUUACCUCUGCGGCACAGCUCAAAUGUGGAGGUCUACUACUCAGCCGCCAGCCGCAUGAGACACAGCAGCAAUAAUAGUGAGACGGCACUCUUUAGGGUAGAGGAGCUUUUCUCUGCACUGCACCACUCUGGUGAGUCACAGGUCAGACCACAUUUAACACACUGCUCUCUCACAUCAACGCAUUGAGAUUAAUGAGCAGCUAUUCUGAUUAUAACACAUCAUGAUGAAUUGAUUUGAGCAAAACUUAUGAACAAUGUCCCAUUGUUUUUCAGAGAAAUGUGAGUGUGUAGAGGUUACUCUUGGCAGCCCUAAACUCUUCUGUGCUGCAGAGUACGACUACGGUGAGUACCAGGGGAAUAGAUUCUGUUUUCAUUAACAAUCAGGACAAAUCAGAUCUGUUUUUUUACUUUUGUUUUUUUAUAAUUCACCAGCAUCUUUAUACACAUGCACCAAAACAAAACAAAACAAAACAACACAACAGAGCCUUUCCAGUAUUCUAAUCUUAAAAUUUAUGCAGCAGCAGAAAUCAUAUGAAAGCAUCCCGCAGCUUCAACACUACAACUCGACAGCAACUUUGUCUUCAGUCUCUCGCUAACCAUCUUUUCAAUAACAUGCUUCAAGUGUAUAAAGAUGGUUUUCUGUUAAAAAGUAUGAGUCCUAAAGGGAUAAUUUAGGGUCAAACACAUCGUAACACCUCUAGUUAUACCAACUUUAGUAACGAGGUCUGAGGAGCCAUUCCCCAACCUCAACCAAAACUCCACUCUAUAGCCACAGAUAAUGCUCAGAACAGCACCUAACUUUAUCAACAGUACAUGUAGGGUCCCAGCCACCAAACAUCUUUUUAACUUUGCCUAAUUUCUUUAGCAAAGAGACUAAACACAACUCACCUACUCUCUUCUAGCAGCCGCUUGUUUGUAGCGAGACCUCAGACCAGUCCAUUACGGACUGCUGUGGGGUGACGCAGCUCAAGGAAGAACAUUUCUGAUCAUUUCUUCAUGGAAAUGCAAUCAGACCGAGAUGCUAAAGCAGAAGAACUACCGCGUCUGCAGUGCAAAACGAUUAAUAUGGUGAUUAUUACUUCAAGGAAAUGAUAAAGAAAUGAUCAUAAAUGUGUUUGACCCAAAAUUAAUUUUACACCGGAAUAUCCCUUUAAUAACCCGACUGAUGAGGUAACUUAUGGUUAUUUUCCAAAGCUUGCAAACUCCUCCAGCUCCACAGAGGACAUUUAGAAACACAUUUUCAAAGCCUUUGUUGCUCUUCAUAUGCUAAUUGUCUGUUUUUUCUUUACGUAUUUAAAAGCUUAAUAGUUUAUUGAAUGAUUGCUUUCUACGUGUUUCUUUGGUAGUGCUGUUGGUGCGUGUGAUGUCGGCCCACGAUAAAGGCUCCCACGCAGAGGUGGAGGGAAAUGUCAAAAAGGUUUUUUUCCAGAACCCUCGGCUGAAGAUCCAGAGAGGAAGCAUCACCCUUUACCCAGACUCCUGGACCACACAAGGCUGUACCUGUCCCAUCCUCAACCCAGGUCAGCCUUCAAUGAGAAACUUUAUCGCUCACCAUGCAGGAGCUUAUAAUUAGUCAGCUCCGGAGUGGACAAACUGCCAGCUUUGUGCUGAAUAGAGGAUCUUUGUCACUGCUUGCAGAGGCUUUGAAUGGUUGCCAACGUCCUGGCAUCACUCAUUUAAAACGGACAUUUACAGCUUUAGAGAUUAAAGCCACCUCUCGUUUAUGAGACUAUUUCACAUCUAACACUUUCCCAAUAAUCUUUUCUGGCAACGCUCAUCCAAGGCAGCCAGAGCAGCGGAGUAUUUAACUGGUUUGUUAUUGUUAUAUAAUGAUGUGCGUUCUUUCAACAGGGAUUUUCUUUCAGUUCUGUGUAUUUUUGUAUCAUUCUCAGUAGACUUAAUAUUCAGCGAGCGUCUGCUCUCUUCUUCCUCCAGGAUCUGAGUACCUGGUGGCUGGUCAUGAGGACUGGAGAGGCAGUCGGCUUAUGGUCAACACAAAGAGCCUGGUUAAACCCUGGAAGUCCAGCCUGGGACGCAAAAUCCUUGACAUCCUCAGAACAGACUGUGGUCGCUACUAAGAGCUGCAAAGACUGAAGGGAUGAAGAGACAGAAUAAACAGAAUAAACAGAAGGACUGCUUGGACAAGGAACUGCUUGUAUGGUAAAUGUUAGCCAAAUCCAACGCCUACAGCGGGGAAUUCACUGUUUCUUCUGUGUCCAAAGUGGACUCCACAAGAGACGACACGACAAAGCUGUGGUUGUAGAAACAAGCAGAUAACUUGUCAGCGAGAACAAGUUACAGGACUUGAACCGUGGCAAAAACUUAAUCUUUCAGUAAUUUCAUUCCUGUGUUUCUGUCCGAUGUGCCUCAGCUCAUCAUUCCCCCCACGUUAUUUAUGAAACAAUCUUGAAUGGGUAUUAAACACUCGAUUAUAUUUUAUCUCCCAGCUGACAGAGUUGAUGAGCCAAGGUACAGUCACAUUUUACUGUAUCUGUUUCACAGAGAGAUGUUUACUCUGGCAUCCUGAGACGGCACUGACUGAAUCAUCCUCAUCGUCUCACAGAUAUCAGAGAUAAAUCACGAAUGAGCCAAAGUCAGAAUGUGGGCAAGUGUGUGUCUGCGUUUGGUGUGUGUGUGUGUGUGUGUGCAUAUGCUUGAUGUCCUUGGCGGGGAGUGCGGGACUGUGCAGGUCAGAACAAGAAACUCUGGGAUGAAAAAAAGGACAUUAAAGGAAUCAGGAGGGCUAAUCUGAGCCACUCUGCUCUGCUCUGGCACACUCGCCUGCCUGCCGUCUGACAAGAGCAAAACACACUUUUCUUGGAGGGUCUGAAGAACACGUGAGCGGCUUAAACGCCCAGGAUUGAUCGUUCCCCUUAUAGCUGGUUCAGUUACCAGAGUGGAUCAUUGUCGGUGUUGUCAGACUUGAUUCUGUGAGGAUUUUCUGCCGUCCUCAUAUGACCCACUUCGAGGAUUCAAUAGAGAAAGACUCUCUGAUACUGACCCUGUGAGAGCCAGUGUGUGGGUGUGUGUGUGUGUGAAAGGAAGCGCACACACACACUCUGAACAUAUGUUUCUCUAUUUGGC